GCGAGGCCUGCAGGCUGGGAGCGGCCUCUCGCCAUAAAAAGGCGGCGCUCCUUCCUCCUGCCAUCAGUCGCCUCCUCUCCUCUCCUCGCCUCCUUCUCUUCUCCUCCGAGCUACCUAGUCAGGAUGUCGUGGAACGAAUACAUCACAAAGCUGAAGGAGCCCGAAGGAGACGCCGUCAUCCGCGACGCCGCCAUCGUCGGCAUCGAACCCGCGAGCGUGUGGGCGAGCACCCCCAACAUGGCCAACAUCACGGCGGCUGAGAUCAAGGUGUUGACUUCGUCUGACAAGAGUAAGCUGUACAGCACCGGCGUGACCAUUGCAGGGAUGCGGUGCACCCUGAUCCGGGACCAGUUCGCCGACGAACCGUUUACCAUGGACAUCAAGACCAAGGCCACGCCCACUGACAGCAGCACGUACAACAUCACCGUCGCCAAGAGCAAGCAGACUCUUGUCAUAGUAAUGGGUGCUAAGGACGUCCACGGAGGGGAACCAAACAAGCGGGCGUACAAUAUGGCUGAUUACCUGCGGAAAAGUAACUACUGAACAAGCCCCACCCUCUUUCCUUCCCCAACAAGGCGAGACAGAUGCGCCCCGCCCCCGUCCCCCUCCUCCCCCUUCCGGCCUCCGAGACGGUCUGACAUCAAGAUGGUCAAACCCCCCUCCCCCCGUGACCCCGCUCACCGACAACACCAGAUGAUCUUCCUGUUCGCUCUGAGUUUCCUGGACAUUCAGAGUUUAGCUUUUAUUUCUUUUCUGCCACUUAGGAUUGACAAACUAUAGACAAAAUAUAUUUAAGAAAACAAACCAAAAAAAAAAAAAAACAAGUGUUAGUUUUAUUGUGGAGAGACAUAGCCCUCGACUAGACACAGGUGAGGCCGCGGCGUUCGCUGUCGGCGUGUUAAGAUCCGGUCUGACCGCACAGCUUGUUUGCUAUGUGAGGCAGGAAGUCAGUGUUACGGUUUAUGACGUUUUAUUUUUGUUUUUUAUUUUUGUUUUUUUUUUUUCACCAGCCGAGGUUUCGCUGCUCGGUUUGUCCAAUCACUGCUGUGAGGAAACAUACCUGAAAUAAAGAUGACCAUGUUUAUUCUUUCA